AUGUUCAGACCUACCAUCCGCCUCGCGGCGGCGCACCAGCGUCAGCCCCUGAUCAAGUUUCUCGGCAAGCGCUCUCCGCCUCCCACCGUUGACCACACCCCCCAUGUCCACCCCGCCUCCGAAAAGCCCUCGCUGCCCGAUUCCUUCGAAGAGUCUUUUGCCGAGUAUCGAUCGCGAGCGCAGCAGCAUGGGCCGCUCAAGACACAAUCAUCAUCUUCGUCGUCGGCCGGAGCGCAGCAAACACGCAUGUCUGCCGGCAUAGGCGGUGUUGCCGGCAGCCAGACUUACGGGGCGAUUGGUGGGGUGAGUGGAGCAAGCAUGGGAAGCGUCAAGCCGCAGAAGGGAGAGUACUUUGAUCGCAGCGAGCUGCCGCAGCGGUUCAGGCGAACGAGCUGGACUGAUAUUGAGAUUGAGGCGGUAGACAGCGCUGGGGCUAGCUUGUGGAAUUGA